AAUUUUGAUCCUUACCAAACACUUUCUAAGCCACUUUUAACAGAAAAUUUUGUCUACCUAGUUGACAAAUGCAAUGACUACAACAAGUGAUUUGGAUGUAAAAAUUGACUAUUUUCUAAGCAGUUUGAUAUGUCAAGAAAGUGGGCAAAAUUUUCUUGCAACUUACCAUGAUUCCGUCCUUUAUAACUCCCAAUCCAUUCCACAGAUUCACAUUUCGCUCCACCAUUUUCUCGUUAUUAUGUUGAUUCGUCUUUUAUUCUUUUCCUCGUUAUUUCUUGUCAAUGAUGCUAAAUCUACAGUCCAGACUCUUCAUGUACAACCUCAGUAUAAGCUGCCACCCAAAUCAUUCUCUGCUUCCCACAAGUUCGAGGGUUCAUCGGACCUCGUUAAUCUACGAUACCACAUGGGUCCGGUGUUGUCAUCUCCGAUCAACAUAUACCUUAUAUGGUAUGGGAAGUGGGCCGCAUCUCAGAAGACGUUAAUCAAGGACUUUUUAUUCUCUAUCUCCGCCACCAACCAAUCUUCGCCUUCGGUGGCGGAGUGGUGGCAGACUGUAUCCCUCUAUACAGAUCAGACGGGAGCCAACAUCUCACGCUCUGUCCUCCUUGCUGGUGAGUACACUGACCAUCUCUACUCCCACGGUACCCAACUCACCCGCCUUUCAAUCCAGGAUGUCAUCGCCACCGCAGUCCGAUCAAAGCCCUUCCCUAUCGACCACAAGAAGGGUAUCUACCUAAUCUUGACCUCGGUUGACGUGACAAUGCAAGAUUUUUGCCGGGCAGUUUGUGGAUUCCAUUACUUCACCUUCCCAUCAAUGGUGGGUUACACAUUGCCCUAUGCUUGGGUCGGAAACUCCGGCAAACAGUGCCCUGAAGUCUGUGCAUACCCAUUUGCAGUACCGGGUUACAUGGGAGGUGGAGGUCCUGGGGCGCUGAACCCACCAAACGGCGACAUCGGAGUUGAUGGGAUGAUAAGCGUGAUAGGUCACGAACUGGCAGAAUUGUCGUCUAACCCACUGGUGAAUGCUUGGUACGCCGGCGAAGAUCCUAUGGCACCGACGGAAAUAGGGGAUCUGUGCGAAGGGCUUUACGGGACAGGCGGUGGCGGAGGUUUCAUUGGGCAGGUGAUGAGGGAUAAACAAGGCCGGACUUACAAUUUGAAUGGGAUAAGUGGUAGAAAGUUUUUGGUUCAGUGGAUAUGGGAUCCAGUUCUCAAGGCCUGUGCCGGUCCCAAUGCUUUAGACUAGACUGGCCAGUAUGGGAGAUAUAUUUAUAUAUAUAUGCACAAAAUUUUCAGUGAGCGAGUGGAGGUGAAGGGAUGGUGGUGGCGGAGGAGGAAGAGGGGAAGAAGACAAAAUUCAGUUCUUUUUAAUUCUUUGUUUACAAUAAUAUUUUGUACGUUUACAAGAUAUAUGUGUUUCUUAUUGAAGAUUGUGUCCUUUAUUGUCAAAGAAGAACUGGUUUUCCGCAAAA